UGGACACAAUUAUAACAUCCAGCAUUGGUGUCAGUGGUAAGGUACAUAGCUGUGCAGUAAGGAUAUCUAUAGUUAUAUAGAUAGCAGGGGCGGACUGACAACUCAUGGGGCCCCCGGGCAAUAGGGGAUCAUGGGGCCCCUGUGUCCUUGCCCAAACUCAAAAGGCCUAUGAAAAAGGUACCAGGGGCAUCUCAUGGGGCCCCCUACUGACCCCGGGCCCUCGGGCAGUGACCGGGUUUCCAAAUGGUCAGUCCGCCCCU